UGGGCAAGAAGUUGUCGUCCCUUGCUCGUAGCUCGGAAGACGGUAGAAAAAAACAUUGUUCUUAUGAAAACGUGUUCGAUCAACUCCUCGAGUGGAGUGCUAGCCGCGUCGAUGACCUUAUGGCGACGUACGGGCCGAGCGAGCAGUCGUCUGGCCGAGGAGGUUCUUGCGGGGGGGGGGUCGGCGUCGACUGGCACUCCGCGGUCGCAAGGUGGUCGACCUCGAAGUAAUGCUUUGAGAUGGUGCGAUGACAAAGAUGGAUUUCCAGACAAUGGUCCUAUGUUUGAAAGGUUGACGGUGAGGGACCACAUGGCCAUGUGGGAUGCACCUGCGAGACCUGAUGUCGUGUUUCUUGAACCUGUGAAACUUUUGCAGAUUCUCGGCAUGUUCGAGAAAACGUGUCCUCGACACGGGAAAGAGGUGGAGGUGACGAUAGAGAAGAUAUCCUAUCCUUGUCACAUUUGCAAGUUGCAAUUCAUGUGCGGGAAAGGGUGCACUUGGCAUUGGAAUUCCGCGAAGGUUGUCAAAGGUGGUGUGAGAGAUUCGAGGGUGGAGACACAGUUGUUCCACUCCACUGUGGCUGCGGGGAUGACGCACACCCAACUGAACAACCUCUUGAUGGGCCUCGGAAUGAAGAAGAAGUGUAUGUGGCACAAAGCCAAGACUUUCGUGAAACGCUUGCGAGAGGCAGUGCGUGCCACUAAGACUUUCAAGCCAUCUGUGGUGGGCGCUUGCAAGCACGUUCGCGAGGUGAGGUGUUUCACAAAGAAGGAGCCGGAAGUGUGGCUCGAGACGAAGGGUGUGCGCGUGCCUGGGGCUGCAACGAAAAAGAAGGACGAGCUUGUGGAGAUAGUGUGGGGUGUGUUGUUUCCCAACGAAGCAGGGAAGCCGUUGGAAGAUGACGUUGUCGAGAUCGACGCGUUGGAGGGUUUGCAUUGCAAUGCGGCGGAGGAGGCGAAGGAAUGGUUGUAUGGUGCUUGCCGGAUGCGCGAACGGGCGCGGGAUGACGACGGUGAUGUGUUGGCCUCACAUGUGCAACACCUGGCCGAUCACUGGGCUAGGGAUCACUCGAUGUGCGGCAAGGAGUUGUCGAACCUGUGCAAGGCGGCUGGCGGUUCAGAGAGAGAGCCAUUGUACAAGGUUGGGGGUCGGGUUCAUGCCGCCGUUUCUCGACUUUUGAGAAUUUCGUCCUUCACAGCCAACAGAGUUAUGAUCCUCGUCAGGACCCGAACCCCGACACGACACGGAAACAUACGACUCAGAGUUGUCCCGGGAUAUACUGACUGAGUCGGGCGUCUGGGUCGUGCUUCCUGAUAGGGAGGCAGCAUCUUGUGGCAAAGAGAAACCGAGUUGGACUUCGGUGCCGCAAUGAAUGUCGCGGCUCGAU